UUUGCGACAUGUGAUCAAUAGGUUCACCAUACAGCACAUUUAUUAUUCCCCGGUUAUCACCACACACUACCGCGCACUACUCUGUCGCCCAUUGAAUCGCUACCAUAGCACACUUAUAGAGGCGAACAAGUCUUCGCGCACAACUUCGAGAGCAGAAGGGAACAAAUAGUCAUCGCACAACAACUCCAGCACCGGCAUCGCACCUCGGCUUCCUGUUCACAGACUAUCGCAAUGGCAGAGAAACCUCCAAAAGAGGUCGUGACAGCACCAGACCCAGAGGAGGAUGAUCUCGAUGACCUAGACGACGUCCUCGACGAGUUUCAAGCGACUUCAAUAUCACAGCCAGCAUCGAAAGCACCUGUACCAGCCACAUCUGUACCAGAACAACCAGCAACAGAGUCUUUAGCAACCAAAGCGGCUCCUCCCAAAGAUGCCGCCCCUUCCGAAGAUGAAUUUGCGAAAGAACUACAAGCGAGCAUGUCAAAUCUCAUCAGCGAGCUGGACCAAAACCCGGACAUGCAGAAGGAAUUCGAGAAGAUGAUGCAGGAGUUGAUCUCAGCUGGCGGUGUACCCAAUCCCGAAGAGGCUGCGCAACGAAGCGGACCAGCAUCUACACCCGCGGCAGCCGGCACAUCGUCGACGACCAAGCCGGCGGCGAGCAGUAGCUCAAGCAGCACCAAGAAAAGCGGCGCACCGGAGGACAAAUUCCAGGACACUAUCCGACGGACGAUGGAGCGGAUGCAGGCAUCCGGCGACGCCGCGACAGCAGCAUCGACAUCCACACAAUCAAAAUCUUCGGAGGAUGCUCUAUUGGAACAGAUGAUGGCGAGUCUUAUGGAGGGCAAUGGCGAGGGCGGCGAAGGCGAUUUCAAUUCCAUGCUCAUGAGCAUGAUGACACAACUCACCCACAAGGAGAUUCUUUACGAGCCGAUGAAGGAGCUACACGAUAAAUUUCCGGGUUGGAUGGAGAAGAACGCGAGCACGACAGCGAAAGACGACCUGGCGCGGUUUCAGAAGCAGCAGAAAUUGGUUGGCGAGAUUGUGGGGAGAUUUGAGCGGAGUGGUUACAGCGACAACAACGAUGCGGAUCGGGAAUAUAUCGUGGAGCGGAUGCAGGAGAUGCAAAGCGCAGGCUCGCCGCCGGAGGAUUUGGUAGGCGACAUGGCGGCUGCGCAGGAGGCCUUGGGGGAUUUGGAUUCUAGUUGUCCGACGCAAUAGUCACGGAAGCUGAUGGGGCAAAAAUAUCUGAUUGGAAAGAAUAUUCUGUGCUGGAGAGGAUUUGUUCGACGCCUUCCUUUUGUGUGCACCCCUCUCUGCAUUCAUGAUAGAUUCUCUGCGAUACCCAUGAGCGUGAUCGAAUAAUCAGCAUCGCGCACCCAACGCGAUCUGCGCGUUUUGGGUCGACCAAAAUCGAAAACAUCGUCCAGUACGCCAAACGCCUCGCUAAAUCCGAAUUGACCAAAGUAGCUGUAAGUUCAGCUCUCAUCCAUAUCGUCCACAUCCUGCAUUGGCUGGCUGGAAGCCGGCAGGUUUCCACCGUCCGCAAGCGA